GUGAGAUGUACAUAAAUCACUUUGACUUGCAUUACAUGCGUAAAUUUAAUAAAGUCAUUAAGUGUAAAAAAGAGGAAUUAAAUUUUGCAUAAAAUUGUGUAGUUAUUACAUGACAAGUUAGAAAUUGUUAAACAACAAUGAAUUAUCGAUAUAUUUAUAGUACUUUUAUGAUUGGAAUGAUGUUUCACUUAGUGAGGGGGCAUAAAGAAAUACUUUUUGAUUUUACAACUGUAGAAAAUGUGGAUAAUUGGAAAGAAAUAUCUGAUACUGUUAGAACAGUAGGAAAAUCAAAAGCUGUUUUAGUAUUACAAACAACACAAGUUUUUCAACGUGCUGUAUUCUUUACUCUUUUAAAUCCACAACCAAAUGGUGCAGGAUUUGCAGGGAUACGUACAAUGACUAAUUUAAAUUUGUCUAAUUUUGAAAAUAUUGAUCUCAAUUGCCGAGGUCAAGGCAACAAUAAUCAUUACAAAGUUGUUCUUAGACACAAAGGUCUUCAUUCAAAUGAAGAUGUAACAUAUGAACAAUUUUUUAUGGCACCUAUGUCAGAUACUGAUUUUUCAACUGUAACAUUGCCUUUGACAAAUUUUAAACCAUAUUAUCGUGGACGUGAAGUACCUGAUGCAGAACCAUUAGACACUGCAAUUAUCACAAUGUUUGGUCUACAAGUGUAUGGUGGAGUUUAUUUACCAAUUAAACAAAAAGGUGUAUCAGCACUAGAAAUAGAAAAUAUUUCUGUAUCAUAAUUAUUGUAUGAACUAAGUUUACUGUAUUUUGAAUACUUCGUAACAGCAUGUACUGUAUAAGGGAUAAUAAAACAUACAGAAAUGUAUCAAAUUUGUAGAAUUAUUUAAUUGUUAUAAAAGUACAUAUUCUGACUAAAUCUUAUUAGUUUCUUUAUAGCAAUAUUCAUUUAUAAAUGUAAAUCAACAAGCAUAUUUUAAAAUGAAUAAUGAAUGUGCUUAAAUUCAUUUUGAAACCGUGUUUUGAACACAAUCAUUGUAAUAUAUUUUUACCAAACUUCAGACAUGUUUUUUUUAUAUUAAAAAAAAGUUUACCAAUCAUUUAAGUAACUUUCUUCAAGAGUGUUAUAUGAUUUAAGAUCGUGAUUGAGACUGUAAUAAAAAAAAAAAUAUACAUAUAUACAAAUAAAUACAAAUGUUUAUUUACAUUUAUUUAUAUUAAAAUAUAUCAUUAUAGCAAUUAUUAACUUACGUUUUAAAUGCAUCAACAAUUUCUGGUACUUUAGAUGGA